AUGCUCCAGUUCCUGCUUGGAUUUACUUCUGCCUACAUCAUUGGAAUGUAUCUGGCUCAGAACUAUGACAUACCAAACCUGGCCAAAAAACUUGAAGAAAUUAACAAGGACUUGGAGACCAAGAAGAAGCCACCUAGCUCAUGA